AUGGCUAAGACUAUGCCUUUGACACCUGUACAUGGAAACUGUCCUGUACUGACUCUGACAGACAUCCUGACUGCGCCAUCUGCUGAGACUUUCAGAGAUCCUGUGUCUCUGAGCUGCAACCACAGCUUCUGUUCAAGCUGCCUGCAGAAAUUCUGGGAACAAGCUGGAAACAAAAACUGUCCCAUUUGUAAAAGAAAAUCAUCAAAGGAUGAUCUAUUUGUGAACUUUCCACUGAAGGAACUGGCUGACUCCUUUGCUGGGAGACAGAAAGCUGGAUCAUCUGAGACAGAAAAAGAAGAGAAGGUGGAGGCCUUGUGUGAAAAACAUACAGACCUCCCACAUUGGUUCUGUAAAGACGAGCAGAGAGCUGUGUGUCCUGUCUGUGAGUUUUCUCUCCACCAGAGUCACAAGGUGGUUCCUGUAGAACAAGCAGUCCGGGACCUGAAGGAGCAGCUGAAAUCUGACUUAGAGUCUCUGCAGGACAAGAGGGACAAAUACAAACAAGUGGAGGAAACAUACAAUGAAGUGAUUCAACAGUCCAAGAAGCAGCUGUUGUCCACAGAGAGGCAGAUCAGAGCAGAGUUCAACAAGCUCCACCAGUUCCUGAAAGAGGAAGAGGAGUCCAGACUGGCAGCUCUGAGGGAGGAAGAGGAGCAGAAGGGGAAGACUGUGAGCAGAGAGAUGAAGAAGAUUCAGGAGCAGAUGUCCUCUCUGUCAGACAGGAUCUCUGCUGUUGAAGAAGAGCUGCAGAAACCCAGCGUGCCAUUCCUCAGCAGUUAUAAAGCCACUCAGACCAGAGCCAGAGUCCAGCGCUCACUGUCAGAUCCACAGCUGCUCUCAGGAGCGCUGAUAGAUGUGGCCAAACACCUGGGCAACCUGUCCUUCAGAGUCUGGGAGAAGAUGAAGGACAAGGUCCACUUCAGUCCUGUCAUUCUGGACCCAAACACUGCAAACUGCUGGCUCUAUCUGUCUGAUGAUCUGACCAGUGUGAGACAGGGAGACACAAACCAGCAGCUUCCUCACAAUCCAGAGAGAAACACUAAGUAUGCCCUUGUUCUGGGCUCUGAGGGCUUCAGCUCAGGGAAACACAGCUGGGAGGUGGAGGUGGGAGACCAUCCUGACUGGAUUGUUAGGUUUAGAGUCAGUUGA